UAAAACACACCACCAUCGUCGUCUUCGUGAAUAGGGUUUAUGCCCGAAGAUCAUUCACGAAUCUGACAUUACUCAAACUCUUGUAAAAAAAACUCACUGAAACAAUUACGCCGUUAUGCAUCUCAGAAUGCUACUAUAAAAAACAGAACAUCUCAACAGCGUCUUUCCACCACUGUCACCGUUAUUAACGAUGAGGUAUUCACGGUUCAUACAAUUUUCACGUCUCCGCAAAACCCUAACCCAAAACCCUAAUUUCACUUCUCCUCAAAUUUCAAGACCCUACAUCGUCUCACCAAAUCAAUACCAAUUCAAUCGAAAAUUCCAAUGCGAAUCUAUCCCCACGCGCAAUUACACCACCGCAUCGCCGGAAUCCGACAAGGUUUCACCGAUCGUGGACGAACUCAUGGGGUUAACGCUUCUAGAAGUAAUGGACCUCGUUGAAGUGAUGCGCGAGAAAAAGGGAAUCAACGAGCUUCCGAUUAUGAUGCUGAUGGUUCCCGGAAUGGGAAUCAGGGGAAUUGGUGAAAAGGGAGGAGAAGAGAAGAAGGUUGAAAAGACAGCGUUUGAUGUGAAGCUUGAUGCUUUUGAUGCUGCUUCGAAGAUUAAGGUUAUUAAGGAAGUGAGGACGUUUACUAGUUUGGGUCUGAAGGAAGCUAAGGAUUUGGUGGAGAAAGUUCCUACACUUUUGAAGAAAGGUGUGACGAAGGAAGAGGCUGAGAGUAUUAUUGCCAAGUUGAAGGAUGUUGGAGCAAAAGCUUCUAUGGAAUAAUAAUAAUAAUAAGGAAAAAGCCAGGAUGAAAAACAUAACAUGGCAGAGAGGUUUUGUUUUUGUAGCAGCUAGUGCCUCACACCCAAGUUUCCAUUGGCAGGUGAUGGAAGUCACUGAAGGUCUUCUCAUGAUGCAAAGCUGUUAUAGUUUCGUGUAUUUGAAAACUUUGUCGAGCUCAUUAUGUUCCUUCCUUUCUUCCUUUUUUAUUUUUAUUUUAACCGUGCUACGGGCUAUUUUUGCCCUGAAAUUCAUUGAUAAUUUUUUAACCAAUGUUGUAGAAUUGAUUUAUGAUGGUGGAAUCGUUUUUUAUCCCAUUGGAUGUCUACUGAACUACCAUAACCUCAUAAUAAUGUGUAAUGGGCACUUUGAAUUGGAGUUACAACUUACAACCUGAUUGCAGUCUCUUCUUUAA